AUGAGUUCGCUGGACUUCGCCAACGCGCUGUUUACCAAAUACCAACAAUCCGCAAUGAGCUGCCCUGUUCUGCUUUCAGCGGACGCUUCAACUUCUCACUGUCCGUCUUCCUCUCCUUUUCCCGCCGUGUCUUCUUCGUGCGCCUUCGUGUCCAGAGGAUAUCGCCACCAUUAUGCAUCCAGUGAGAGAGGCAGCAGCAGAGUCCAGUUUCCUCCCUCUUCUUCUUCUCCUCCCUCUUCCUCUUCUCCUUUAUCAUUUGGGUCUUCUCUUUCGGGACUAAACGGGAGCAUUAGGGGUGUUGAGCCUACAGAAAUAUGCUCAGCAGGAGGUUAUAACUCACUGGGAGUUCGGCCGCUGAGGUGCCCCGCAGAGCUGUUCCCACUCAAUCGGACUCAGUUAUGCUCGCUGGCUCCGAGGCUUCCUGAGCCGACCUCCAGGAGGCAGAGCAGCCCCGAUCAAAGAAGGCUAAACCAUGAGAGACUGCGUAUUUACCCCUGGAUGAAAAGCUCAGGCUCUGACAGACGAAGAGGCCGACAGACGUACACGCGGCAUCAAACGCUCGAGCUGGAGAAGGAGUUUCACUUCAACCGGUACCUAACGCGUAAAAGGCGGAUAGAGGUCGCGCACGCGCUCGGCCUCACAGAGAGACAGAUCAAGAUCUGGUUCCAAAAUCGGAGGAUGAAGUGGAAAAAGGAGAACAUUGUGACGAAGAGCGGCGCCCCCACAGCAGUGAGUCGAGAAGAAGAGGAAGCGGUCGAUGAGGAGGACUGA